AUAAGAGCGGCGUGCGACAGAAGCGCCAUCCUGACAGGAAUCACUCGCAGCCCAGGCGCCUCCCUCCCAUUGGCUCAAUCAGUGCAAUGGACCGACACGGCGCUCCAGUAUAAUAACUGUGAGGCUGUUGGCAGGAGCGGAGGCGGCGGCGGCAUCAGCAAGUAAAGGGAGAAGGGAAACUGCUCACACGCAGUCGCUGAUGAAGAGCCCAGAAAGCAGCGGCAAAGCCCAGAAUCCCACCUCCCUCGUUCGCUCGCACUCCCUGAAGAAGCGCUAAGUUCAUUUGUGGCAGCGGAGAGAUCACAUUCCUCCUCGCGUUGUGCCUGACAUCCCUUCAUCACUUUCCAUGGAGUGCUACUACAUUGUCAUCAGCUCUUCCCACCUCAGCAACGGCCACUUCAGGAACAUCAAAGGAGUUUUCAGGGGGCCGCUCACUCACUCCGGGACUCUGGCCUGUGCAGAAAAGGAAACUACGAGAUCAAAAACACUCAAGGAUCUCAAAGCCAACUUCUAUUGUGACCUUUGUGACAAGCAAUACCACAAGCAUCAGGAAUUUGACAACCACAUAAAUUCAUAUGAUCAUGCGCACAAACAGAGACUUAAGGAGCUAAAACAGAGGGAAUUUGCACGAAACGUGGCAUCAAAAUUGCGGAAAGAUGAGAGAAAACAGAAAAAGUAUUUGCACCAGCUGCACAAGGCAGCGAAUCUCAAGAGAGAAGCAACUUGUGCUCCUGGAAGUGGCCCCAUGUUCAAGUCAACAACUGUUAGCGUUCACGACCACACACAUGGAGGUAUUCAAGAUGAGCUUGUCCAUUCAGAAGGUCAUUGUUUUAAAAGCAUCCAUGAAAAGUCAAGUGUAAUGCCUAUUAUUUUGGCAAGUUCUAAAAUUUCAGAAAAUUCCAAGCAACAAUUUAAUUGCCAGACUCAAAAAAGCCAUGGGCACAAAUUUAGUUUUUCUUUUGCUUUUCCUAAAAAGGCACAAAUAAAGCUGGAAUCAUCUGCUGCCAUUUUCUAUGAAUUCAAUGAUGACAUUUCUGCUAAGCGUGGUUUAAAAAGGAGAAGCAGAUUUGUCCCUGAGUCCUUCACUGCUCUGUCGGCUUUGCCAGCUGAUGUCCUCCAAUGCCCAAGCAAAACUCAACAAUCCAUAGCGGUUUCUCUAAAUCAUUCAUUGAACAACAAGCAUAAAGCUGAACAUGCACAUUCUAAACUUCAGUCUGCACUGGCAGCAGAAGUAUUUCUCUUCCCAAGCAGUGACCACCAUUCAACAACGGGUUUAUCAAAACAAACCUCAAACAAAGUAUAUUGCUUGCAGGACCAGAACCUGAAACAGAUGCUUACAUCUGUAGUAAAUGUAUUCCCAGACCCAGAUAUUUGUCAUAUAAAAGUGCCUCAAUAUAGUAAUGUCGCUGGAGCUACAACAACAAUAACUUGUUCUAAACAAACAACAUGUUGUCAAGAAGUUGUUAAGGAUGAGUUUGCUGUCAUAGACAUCAAAUCUGGGACAUCCAACUUAGAAACCACAAUUCAAGAAGCUCAUUGUGAUGAGUCUGCUAUUCCAAACAAAGCACAACAAAAUGAAACCGCUGCAGUUAUUCAAUCUGAACACAAGCAUCAAGAAAAUAAAAAUGUGUCAAAUAUUCUUUUCCCAUCAAGUGAUAACAUGGCUAAUUCAAAUGCACAAAGAAAAGAUGGACCAUUCAAAAGACCAAGUCGUGCUUUUUAUCCUGUGAAAAGUAAAGAUGGUUCAACGGUUCUUCAAUGGCCUUCUGAAAUGUUAAUGCACACAUGCACAGAACCCUCAAUCUCUUACAGCUGCAACCCACUCUACUUUGACUUCAAAGCAUCAAAAAGUGCAGCACCAAAGGGGAACGUACAAAGAACUCAUCCAUGUGAUCAGCUGUGUCCAACUUGGAAAAAUAUUACCAAUAAAAGUUUCAGUACCAAAUUUAACAGAAAUUCUGUUUUACAGGAACCAGAAGGGAAUAUGAAAAAAUAUAAUGUAAUUUGUUUUGUCAAUAGAAAUAAAAAACACAAUUCCAGAUGUUAUCUGGACAAAAUGUAUCAUCUGGAUACUAAAUGCAACAGACGCAAGACAGAAAGAUGCAAAAAACACGAUCAUAAGUGCAAACUGAGGCAACAUAGGUGCAACCAUGGAUCCCAAGCGGAAUCAAGCAGGUCAUUGAAAUGUAGAUAUAGGCACAGGUGGUCUAUGGAGAAUGAUGGAGUGGAUAUUUGUAAAAGUUUGAGUAGUCAAUAUGCAGACUUGAAAGGGUCUCCUGGUUCCAUAGAUGAUCUAAUAGCUUCUAACCAGAUGCCAGACACUGAGGGUCCCACCACUGACAGAUCUUUGGCAUUACAAAUGAAGCCUCAAUGUGGAUUUCUAAAUGGAAAAGCAGAAUUUGAAAGCCACUUGCAAAACAAUAUGGCGUCUCUACACUACCAGUUGGGGGUGUCACCAAUAAAUCAUGGCUGUGAAAAUGUGAUAUAUUCAAGUACAGUUUCUAACUUAAACACACAUAAAGCAAGCUCAAGUCAUCAAAAAGUUGAUGCCCAACAUAGCUUGACUUUAAAAAGAAAUCACAGCCCUUUUAUAGAUGAACUUGAAACACGAGGUAAAAAACGCAAAUUGAGUGAACCUUUCUCUUUAUCCAUCCAACAAAUCACUUUCUCUGAGCAGAAUUACUUUGUGUUAUGGAAGGCAAUACAUAGAAAGCUGGUGGGCAAGGUCAAAGGAGAUAUCAAUGCCAGCAGAACCAUAUGCAGAUCUUCAGAGCAUAAGUUCCCAAUAUAUAUAAAUGGGAAAAUUCUGAAUUACCACAAGUGGCAAAAAAUGUCAUUUAAAUCAACAAAGUGCCUCAACAACAUGGAUAAAAGCAAAGAAAAGAAGGUGACCCAAAUAUGGAAUGGUUUCCUGGAGAUUGGUGACAAUAAAGAACAAUGCUUAUUGGCUGCUCACAUUCCUGAUCUUGUGACAAAUCAUGAAAUUACCUUAAAAGAAAAAGUAUCAGAAGCAAACGAAGAUAAUUCCCACUGCAGUAACACUGCACCAGAGCAGCAGUCACUGCCUCCAGACAGAAGAGCAGGAAAGGAUCCCGGUUCAAGUAGGAGCUGUAUGAAAUGUGCUGCACUUGAGCUCACAAGCCAGGCAUACCAUUCUAAGAAAAUACCCACUAACUCUCAGUCAUUUCCCACAGGGCAGUUCCGACCCCAUGACAGCUGGCUGCAUCCCAAACACUUCCCUCCAUUUACUAAAAAACAUCAUCCAUUUGCAGGAUACAGACAUGAAUUGCAGCCCCAAAUUUUUCCAGGUAAAUUCAAAACUGUAUUUCCUUCGACAGCAACUCAGUCUUGUUCAUCAUUAUAUCCUGUUUUGUAUGAGCAGCCAUUUUGCUCUACCGCAUCAACUAUGGUGCAACACACUUUCACGCACCAUCAUGUGACUGUCCUUUCUGCAGCUUGUUUUGCAGCAGCCUCCACUGACACUGGGGCCCAUAUGGAUUUUCAGCAGCAGUUUUUCUCUCCUCAAGCCUAUUCCCGGGCUCCGUUAUACCAAGUUACAGGAGAGCCAAGACUGUGUCCUGUGGACCACAUGUUCUCUUUACCACAAGCGCCAGUUGUGCCCACGUCAGUCCACCACUGUUUGCCUUUGCCCUUUCCCCCUAUCUCUCACACUGCUGUUUUGCCUCCUCUUCAUAUGCCACAACCCUCUCUUAUUCCACUGCAGUCUAUUUUUUAAUUGUCAUUUGUUUAAUUAUGAAAUGGAAAUGUGGAAACCUGUGAAACAUUUGGACUGCAAUUUUGUUGCAGCUACAGACAAAUGUUAAUCAACCAUGCCCCUUCAGCUGUUUUUAGAAUCAUGUACUGUAUGUCAUCUGCAUUUUGGAACAGUAUGGUAGGUGUCGGUGGUUAUGUAGUAACAUGUGCCAUGUUUACCCCCUAGGUAUAAUACCCACCAGCUGGGACUGGACUGCUGAUUGAAAUCAAACAUUUAAUUGGUUGCUAUGGGUUGCUAAACCUCAAGCAAAUUAACUCAUUAUUGUAUCAAGUGAUACUGAAAUAUUCCUACCAGUAGAGGAAUGUGUCAGUAUCAGUGAUUAUUAACUGUACCCAGUUUACCCACCCCCAUCCUCUGGGGUUCACAGAAAGGGUUAGGGUUUUUUUAACCAAUAGAAUACUGUCCUUUGCAUAUAGGAGUUGGCUUCAUUUUGGGAAGGCAACGCAUUUUUCCUUAAAUUGUCAUAAUUCUGUACCCAAGGGGUAAGGCUGGGCAAUCCUUUAAAACAAGGGUCCCCAAACUUUUUUUUACCUGUGAGCCACAUUCAAUUGUAAAAAGAGUUGGGGAGCAACACAAGCAUGA